CAUCCUCGACAACCUUCAGCAGCAAAUCAAACAAGACAAAGCGAGCAAGAAGCUAGCAGGCUGCUGCUGCUGCAGGAAGCCACCGAGCGGCGAGGACGCGGGCAGCGUAGCGAGACCGGUCGGAUUCAGCGAGAUCCAUGGCGCCGAGGAGGUCGACUUCGCCGGCCGGGAGCGGUGGCAGCGGCGCGGAGCAGCCGCCGAGGCGGCUGCGCGGCGUGCGGAAGCGGCCGUGGGGCCGGUACGCGGCGGAGAUCCGAGACCCCGCGCGCAAGGCGCGCGUGUGGCUGGGCACCUUCGACACGCCCGAGGAGGCGGCGCGCGCCUACGACGCCGCCGCGCGCAGGCUCCGCGGGCCGCGCGCCGCCACCAACUACCCCGCCGCCGCACACGCCCAGGACCCGAACGCGGCGCUGUCCGAGGACGCGCGGUCGUCUUCGUCGUCCUUGUCCUCUUGCCGGGACUCGCCGCUGGCGGUGGCCGUCGCGGCGGCGCCCCCGUCGCGGGACCUGAGCCUGGCGGUCCCGGCCACGCCGCCGCCGUCGUACCACAUGUGCCUGGAAACGGCCGUGGCGCCAGCGCUGCUGCAGUUUCUGCCGCCCAAGCACGAGGAAGAGCGGAGCUUCUCAGGGGCGUCGUCGGUGGUGUUCGACGCGGCGCCGGCCGUGGGCCUGGGGCUGGACCUCAACCUGGCGCUGCCGGCGGCCGGGAUGGUGAUGUAGAGUCGGUUAAUUAGCACAGUAGAGUAGGUACGAGCUCAUGCAUGGAUCAAGAUGUCAUCAGAUGUAAAUAGGCUGUGGAUUUGUGCGUGCGCUGCGGUGGUGAUGCAGCGAUUUUAGGAAAUUUGCCAAGGCUUAAAAGGCUUCAUCUUAACCAGAGAUUCAGAGCCCUGUGAAACAAUUCAAUUCAUGACUCA